AUGUUGGUUCUCUCUCUUCCUUCCAUUCUCGCUCUUCCGUUCUCUGCGUCAACCGCCUGUUUCCCUUCUCUCUUCUCUCUGCUCCUUCCGCUGUCCGGAACAGGCCUGUGUGUCGCAGCGGGUCUGAGGCGUCUCUCCGAGUCUUCUCGACGCAUUCGUCUCAAGUUUUCUCGCUCUCCGCUUCCUGUUCAGAUGACAGAACAACCGUCUCUGCCGCCUGAGCUGGCCGCUUGGGCUCUGAAGAAGCUGAGAGCUCUGCUUCAGUUCGAAGAUGCAGACGCCUACUUGGUGGAGGAGCUCGUCUCUUUCAUUUCUGGAGACAGCGGCCGCGGCAGAGAAGGAAGGUUCCGCGACCUAGACGACCCUGAAAAAGAGCGACAGAGACGCGAGGAAGAGGAUCUGAGUCAAUUCGUUGAAAGCCUCGUGGCUCCGAUGCGUCCAGACUUCUCUCCAGAAGUCGCAAGACAAGUCGCUGAAUUCGCUUCCGAGUUCGCCUGCCGGCUUCGAGACUCUCGGAGACAGGCCGUGGGAGAGACACCUGGCUCGAGGGACGAGAAGAAAAAGUUUGUUCAGAUACAGGAAUCUGAGGGAGACGUUCGUAGAAAUGAUGGAAGUAAAAGUCACAUAGACAGUGAAAUCGAACACACACACAAGAGAGAGACACAACACAGUACCGCGCUGCCGCCAGGCCUGGGUGCGUAUGAUUCUUGUUCCUCUCCAUUGUUCUCGUCUGUCUCCUCUUCUUCUCCAUCCUCGUCUCCCUCCUCUUCGUCCGCUUCUUCCUCGUCCUCGUGUUCCUCCUCUUGUUCUUCCUCUUUUACUUCUUGCUCAUCUCUCUCUUGUUCUUCUUCCUCUGCUUCGUCGUCUAAAUGGGGGGAGGGCGUCACCCGACAGGAGGAGGCAGUGAAUGAGAAGGAAGAGAAGGAGAAGGAAGAGAAGGAGAAGGAAGAGAAGGAGAAGGAAGAGAAGGAGAAGGAAGAGAAGGAGAAGGAAGAGAAGGAGAAGAAAGAGGACGCAGAGCUGCAGAAGGAAGAUGAGAGAGAGGCGGUCCUUUUGAAGAAGAGAGAGACGAAGAGAGUGAAGAAGAAGGCUGGAGUGCUCCAGCUGAACGCAUUUGGCCUGGCUGCGUCGCAUCUGUCGCUAGGAGAGAGCAAGCGACCGAAAUACAUGUGUGUUCAGAGGGCGAACGAGAAGAGUUCUGUUCGCUGUGUCUGCCUCUGUAUGGGCACUGAGCACGGUGUCCACGGCAGCUGUAUGUACUGCGGGAAGGUCGCAUGCAAGAUGGAAGGCGGCGGAGAAUGUCUUUUCUGCGGGAACAAGAUCAAGACUCACUCGAGCGUCUCUCCACCCGACCGAGUUCCUGAAAACAGCCGAAGCAGUAACGUUCCACCAACAGAAGAUGAGGGGGGCAGAGGAAGGAGAGGAGCACACAGGCAGCGCUUGCAGCGGAAACUCGAGUUCAGCUGCUCUGGAAAUAGACGCUCAGAGAGGGAAGACACCGAACGAUAUGAAGCUGAGAGCGACGGAUGGCUCGAAGAAGAGCGACUCACAGACGCAACCCCAGAGGACAGAGAGACUGUCAAACAGGAACGCAUUCACGCUCUCAGACGAGCGGUGGCCCUCAAAGACCGGCUCGUGCACUUUGAUCGGACGAGCGCAGUCCGCAGCGUCGUCUUCGAUGACGCGGCGGACUGGUUCGACGAGGCGCGAAAUAUUUGGAUCGAAGCAAACAGACGAGCUGAGGCAGCUGAACGCUGGGAGGAGCAGGCCCGCCAAGCAGAUGAUGACAGAAGGCGCGUUCGAAUCACUUUGGAUCUCGUCAACAAGACGGUCGUCGACGAGACGCUGAUGCGGUCUGAAGAACGAAUGAAGGAGCAAGAAGAGAACCUCCAGCGCUUCCAGCUGGCUUGCGCGGCGACUACAGAAGAAGGGCAGGACGCUGAGGACGCUGAGGGUGGCAGCUCGCAGUGGGGUGGCCAGAAGACGAAGAUUUACUUCGACGAAGAAAAGAAGCGGGGGGCCGAAGAAAAGGAGCUUAAGAAGCCGAACGCGUUUCCGCCUCUGUCGAAGGAAGACACCCGAAGGCAGCUCGAGAGACUGGAAGAGAUCCAGAGACAGGUCGAAGCGCAGGCAGCCCGACGGUGGAGAGAUGAGAGAGAAGCGGAGGAAGAGCUCGCUGAAUGGGAAGCAGAAGCCGGGGAGAUCUUUGCAGACCGAGACGACGAAAAGGAAAAUGUGCAGCACUCCUCGGGACUCUCAUCCGUUCAGAACCCGUCCCUUUCGGCCACGUCCCGGCGCCUGCUGGAAGUGCUGCAGGCCUCGCGACUCGAGGGCGGUGGCGAGCCCGCCGACGUCGCUAGUUGGGCUCCAAAGCCGCGGUCGCGCGGCGGCCGGGCAGCCACCGCCAGCGAGGGUGCGAAGCCACCGGGCUUCUUCGUCUCGCGGUCUGCGCCGUUCCAGCAGGAAGAAGACUUCUUUGCAACUCGAAGCCAAGAACCUCAGGGAAAGUGGCAACAAAAUCUCCAGAGUCGUCUCCGAGCGCAAGCGGAAGCGGAAGAGCGUCGGCGACUGGAGGCGCAGGAAAAAGCGAGAAGACAGACACAGGGAGAGGUCUUUUUGCCUGGGGCGCCGGCGCGUUCGCCAGAGGGCGCCACGAGUUCAACUGGAGCCGCAGACGACGCCUCCUGCGCUUCGGCUCUCCCCCGCAACGAUUCCUCCCGAGUGCAUACGCUCGAGGCAGGAAAGAAGAAACGGCUGUUUCGAGUUGAAGAAGCGGGGCUCUUGGGAGAGGAAGACCAACCAGAGGAAAGCGAGUUCAGCCACCUGGGGGCGGUCCAGCCUCCAGCUCUUGGUGGAGGCCCGGGAGACGCUUCUUUGCAGGAGUCCAGUGCUUUCUCGGAGAAGCCGUUUGGGCUGAAUGAAGGAGAUCCAGAGGCCUGGGACUGGGAGAGCGACGUCGGCGGUUCCGAAUUCAGGGAAGGCGAGACCGGGGAGGCCAGAGAAGAUCUUGAAGAUGCACAGGAUGCAGGGCUUUGCCUGACAGUGCGGCAACCCUUUGCCUCUCUGAUCGUGCUCGGCUUCAAGGCGAAGGAAGGACGGAACUGGCCAUGCGCGCAUCGCGGACGGAUGUGGAUCCACGCGGCCGCGACACCACCGAGCCCCGCGACAAUUGAAGCAGCGCGGCGCUUCUAUGAGCAGCUUCUUCACUUGUCCGCGUCUGCCUCUUGUCUUUGGAAAGACACAGAAGAGCGCCACUGCGAGGCCAGAUGUGACGCGCAGGGGAGCUGCGAAGCGAAGGAAACUGCACUGCCGCCUUUCCCUCGCGAAUUUCCGACGUCUGCUGUUCUGGGCUGCGUCACCGUCGUGGACUGCGUUGAGAAAACGGAACAAGCGAGUUGGGGUCUAGACGAGACAGAAGGAUGCAAGUUUGAGUUCACUUUCCGACGACCGCGCAGACUCAUCGUUCCUGUCAAGGUGGUGGGUCGACAGCCGCGGAUCUGGAAUCUCGCUCGAGGAAAGCUGCCGCACAUGCAGGCUGCUUUGCUCAAAGCUCGGUGGCCGAGGGUCCUCGGACACAAAUUCAAGGAGCCGAGAGACAACUGUGGAGAGGACAACUCAUGA